AUGCUGCAGAAGGCGCUGGACCUCCUGGCGGAGUCGCGCAGGGAGACCAAGAGACUGCAGGAAGCGCUGAAGGAACAGAUAGAGAUGACGAGGGAACUGCAGGAAACUGCUGCAAAGCAGGAGGAGACAGUGCACGAGAUGGGCAAGCAGAUGGUGGAGAUCAAGGAACAGAUGACCGAGGAACUACAGCGCGUCCGCGAGCAGCUCGAAACUAUCGCUACGAAUGCAAUAGACGGACCACAACGAUCAUAUGCCGACGUCACACGACUAACACCGCUCUUACCCCACAACGAUUCGAGGACCGUAGCCGCUCCUCCGAACCCCACAGACGUGCUCUACUGCACGAUUGACGUUUCAAGACUAGGAGAAGAUGAAGCUAGGCUCUCAGCCGGGACGAUCCGAGCGACAGUGGAGAACGAAGUCCGCUCUGAACUGGAUAAUCCCACGUGGCGAUGCCGAGCGGUGACUAAGGACCCAAAGAAUCCCACCGCAGUGGAUAAUGUCAGCCGCAUUGCGGUGCUAGACGAGAGGAAUGAGGUUCGAACUGAGAUCACCGAGAUGCUCGGCCGAGAAAAUGACACCGAAGUUGCAAAGAUAGCAUGGCUCAGCAAGAGAGAUAUUCCCAAAGCGUAUGGCUCGAUGGUCGUAUAUCUCAAAAAACGGUCAGAAGCUAGGCGGUUCAUCAACGAAGGAUUCUUUGUGGCUGGAGGAGAAUCCGGUACUACAAAGACGUUCGAACGUCGCGAUCGCCCCAAGCAAUACCACAAAUCUGUGGCAGAUGCGCACAAGAAGGUCACCACCACAGUGCAUGCACAGGAACGAUUCCGAAAUGUAUCCCAUGCGGCGGCCCCCAUGAGUCAUACAGCAGAAACUGUCGGAAGCUCUAUCCAUCACAACAUGAAUAGCAUAUUCCGACUGGUUCAACUGAAUGUCAUAAAGCAAGGGCCGGUACAUGAUAGUUUAAUGAACGACAAGGACAUUCAGGAUGCGACCGUAUUGGCCAUCCAAGAGCCCCAUGCACGUAGGGUCCAGGGCAAAUUAUUGACAACACCCAUGGGACAUCAUAGAUGGGUCAAGAUGGUGCCUACGACAGAGAGGGAGGGUAGAUGGGUGAUUCGAAGUAUGCUUUGGGUGAAUAGGGAGGUGGAGGCGGAGCAGGUACYGAUAGAGUCCCCAGACGUGACAGCAGCGGUCCUCCGAUUGCCAGACCGUCUGGUGUUCACGGCAUCGGUCUACGUACCAGGCGGAGACGCCCAAGCUUUACGGGACACAUGUAGCAAGCUCAGCAGAGCUAUUACGGAGGUGAGACGGAGAUCAGGGAGAGCGGUUGAUGUGAUGAUGGCUGGCGACUUUAACCGGCACGACCAGAUGUGGGGAGGGGACGAUGUAUCGGUGGAGCGACAAGGGGAGGCGGAYCCGAUUAUCGACUUGAUGAACGACCUGAUGCUCAGAAGUCUUCUUCGCCGAGGCACGAGAACAUGGCAGAAUGGUGACCACGAGACGACGAUCGACUUGGCUCUGGCCUCCGAGGAGCUUGCGGACGCAAACAUCAAAUGCGCGGUUCAUGGUACGGAACACGGGUCGGAUCAUCGUACGGUAGAGACGGUGUUCGACGUUUCAGUCCUGACACCRAAACAAGAAGAAAGGCUGCUGUUCAAGAGUGCACCCUGGARAGAGAUCAACAGCAGGAUUAUGGACAAGCUGAGAGAGAAGCCARCGGGAAACACUGUGCAGCAGAAAACAGACAGGUUGAUGGAARCGGUCUCGGAAGCUGUCCAGACCUUAACACCRAGAGCCAAACCGUCUCCAUAUGCAAAGCGAUGGUGGACCGAUGAUCUCACACAGCUGCGACACAUUUACACAUACUGGAGGAACAGAGCGCGGACCGCGAGACGUGCCGGUCAGAGUUCCUCGGGCCUCGAGGGCUCAGCAACCGCCGCAGCGAAGCAAUACCACGAUGCCAUACGGCAACGGAAGAACAACCAUUGGAAAGAGUUCCUAGCAGAUAACGACAACAUCUGGAAAGCAGCCAAAUACAUGAAGUCCGGAGAUGAAGUCGCUUUUGGGAAAGUGCCACAGCUCACCAAAGCAGACGGAGCACCAACCACUAACCAUAGAGAACAAGCCGAAGAACUGUUAGCSAAGUUCUUUCCGCCACUGCCAGACAACAUCGAAGACGAAGGGUAA